GAAGAAGUACUCUGGCGCUUGGAACAGCAAAAAUGUGGUGAUCGAAAUGAUCAUUCGCUCGUCAUCGGUUCAAGUUUGACGCGAAAAGUACACAAGGCGGAUGCACGUGUUACGUCUAUGACAGAUCGUUGAAUGCUACAAUGCCGGAAUUUGAAGCAGUGGUCGAGUUUGUCUUGGAAAUUAGCAACCUGACUUUUGUUGCGAAACAAUGCAACGGGCACUACAACAUCCACGUAACACCUGGUCUUGUUGGCCCAAUCUCCGAGAAAUCAUCAUAUUUUGACGCUGCGUUGAUAAAAUCCGACAAAAUUUGCGACUGCGAGUUCCCUGCCGGUCUCUACAAGGGAACAGGAAUAACAAAGACACGUUUCUCUCCCUGCAACUCAACUAAAGUGACCUUCGGUGACGUCUUCCUCUUCAAGCUCCAUGUUUCAGAAGACGUGCAAAAGAUGAGGAAGAGGCUCGCAAAAUUCUAUGCAUCAUUCGUGGUUGAGCUGUACUCCUCCUCGGAAGUUUGUCAGGGCAACUGCAUCGAUAAUUUUAACCUAGUCAGCCGACGCACAAUGCAAUGUACAUUCAACCCGAACCGUGGCCUCUUCCACCACAUCCCGUUGCUCCUAUCUUCGGCGCCCCUAGCAGUUCUGAACAUUACUAUCUUCUCACUCUUGACGUGCGUCUGUUUGCCAUCGCCACGCCUGGCUUCGCACCUUCUGGGUUCGGCGUCCACUCCAAGACGCUUAGAAUCGACUUUGUUCGACCACAAUAUUCCCAAGAAGGAUGGUUUCUGUGCAGCAAGAAAUAUCCAUCGUGAACUUUGUUACAUUCUCCUGACAUCGUACAACAGCAUUCAGCAUCAAGCUCUCUCCAGUUAUCGAAUUUUAUUCCCGUUACGAAGCACGGUCCAAGAAAAGGUGGACUGCAACAAGCUCAUGAAACAGCUGCUUAACAAGGCAGAGAUGCUUUCCACAGAAGAAGAAGUGAUUGAGUUUUCGCGUUCAAGUAUUGUACAGCUCUGCUGCUACGUUAUAAGCGUUUGGGAUGCGUUCAUCAAAAUAUCUGUGCGGCGGCCUCGAAUUCGACAGCACCUGUGCAUGCGAAGACUCAAGCAGACAAUCUCGCGCUACCAGGAGACCCAUUUUGUGCGCCAAAUGAACAGAUGUGACGUCAUACUGCCUGAAAAGACGUGCGAUUUGUACUCACGCAUUGUUGCGGUGAUUCGACGAAUGGAUUAUUCGUCCGUGCUUCCGCCACUGGAAGUCAUCUGUGUGGAAAUGGAUUUGUGGCAGUAUUUCCAACCAGAAGUUAUAUUCGAAGAGAAUUUCUGCCGCUUCAGUGACGACUGCCGCAUCUGCGGACACACAGUCAAUGAAGCCGAGGACAAGCGUCAUCAAAGCAAUGCAGGAGAAGACGCUGAUAUGCGCACACUGGACAUACUUUGCCGAGGUCAUUUGAAGCACGACUGUCGUGAAAACCAAGAGCUCAAGGAACUCCGCACACCCAUGCUUUUUGCUUCGAAAGCGGCUGUAGAAAUUGGGACCAAGGCUCCAGCACGAAACGAGCCCAGCAAGAACAACAAGAAGGCGUUUCAUGGGUUUGUAAAGGCUAGGAGGAACAUCCGGAUGAUUACCGACAUUCCAUGGUUUAUGCCAGACCCUGACUUCCUUCAACGGGCCAGGAAAUGUUUUCUCAUGCGACAGAUCAGGAAAAAACGUGACCUUCGGAAAGGAGUCGAGCCUUUGCAUUUUGUCAUCUUUGUUCACGGGUUAGGCGGUUCAAGAAAUGACUUCCACAGCAUCUAUCGUUGGAUGAGGCUCUUCAUCACAACCCCCACUCACCUGCUGAUAUGUUCCAAAGUGAAUGAGAAGGAGAAAUCAUUCGAUACCUUAUCCGUGUGUGGCAGUCGCCUGGCCAAGGAAGUGGACGAGUAUUUGAACGACAUUGGGGACAAUUACAAACUGAGCUUCGUGGCCUUCUCAAUGGGAUGCUUGUUAGUUAGAGUGGCUUUGACGUGUCCUGAAAUGCAACGUCACCGGACUCGCCUACAUACGUUUCUCUCCCUGAAUGGGCCACACUUGGGAGUCUCCUACGCAAACAGCUCACUCGUCAAAUGUGGUAUCUCUCUGUUGUCUGCUGUCAACUGGAAGACCUGCAUGAAAGAAAUGACGCUCAAAGAUUCGGCUGACGUCCGCAGCACGUACAUAUACAUGCUCAGUCUUGUUCCAGGUUUGGAAUACUUCAAGAAUGUCAUAUUGAUGGGUUCAUCCCGAGAUAAGCUCGUGCCUAUCUAUUCAUCCAAUAUUCAGCACUGCAAUGAAUCUCUCGCUGACAAGACGGUAACUGGAAAAGCCAUCGACGAGAUGAUCCUGAACCUACUGGGACCGCUGCUCAAGCGAGACGACAUUACCCUGACACGGUACAACGUCUUCAUGGACUUUGGCAUCCUGGGCUUCCUCAAUGUUUUUCCGAGCGUGUCGCACGUGUGGCCACUCGCAUGUGGGAAUCUCUUCGAAAGAUUGAUGUUACUCACAGGAGCAGAAUAUUUCAAUUAAUGAUCUUAUACUCCGCUUGAUACUUCAACAUUACUGUGGCAUGUACAGGCUACAUAUCUUUCAAUCUGUCAGCGAUGGGGUGUAUCUUCCUGCGGUAACAAA